AUGAGUGAGAGAUGCACAUGUGUGUUUUAAAUGGUUUAAAAUUACAUCCUGGUUACUAGUUUAAAACAUUGAAAAACUCUUUAGGAUAAGCAAAUGACGACAAAUCAAGAAAUAAGAGGUAAUUCACAAACAGAUAGUAGUUAAAAGAAAUGUUUGGAAAUGGCGGAGUUCCUGCCGCUGUGCGACGUGCUAUUCAACGUCAUAUCUCUGGCGGGCUACUUCUGCGACGUUGUAUUCGACGUCGUGAUGGGGUACGCGCUGCUAGAGCGGGGAUAUAAAGGGACCUUCGCCGCUGCUAUAUCUAUUGUUAUAACUUCGCUACUCAUAUCACAGGUGCUAUCCCUCCGUUGGUACCUACACGUUUGGUGGGCUGGUGAGGGUCGUAAGGGCCGUCCGCCAUGGCUGCCGAUCCUGCUGCAUUGCCUCCAGCUAGGAGUGCUGUGGCGGUAUGCUCGUCUGCUCGUACCUGUUGAGCUGCGACGGGUCAAGCACCAAGUGCGGGACUUAUGCAUGCUUCGACUAGUCCACGCGUUCUGCGAGGCGGCACCGAUGUUACUCCUGCAGCUGCACAUUCUCUUCAAGGACACAAACCGGGAGCCAGCCAACGAGCUCGGAGUCACGCCCGAACCGAGUAUCGAUGAACCCUCAGCAAACAAAGCGUUCGCGGAGUUGAACGUGAUAUCAGCGUCCCUGUCGCUGUUCUCCGUGUGCUGGGCGCUGGCCAGCUUCAGCAAGAACGUGCGUCUGCAGAACGUUCACCGACUCGUGCUUACCUGGCUCGGCGUUAUAUUCCAGUUCUUAUGGCGCUUGGGAACCAUAUCGGCGCGGAUAUGCGCUCUCACUGUGUACGCUCUAGUCUACGAGUAUUGGGUCUUCUUAGUUAUAGGUCUCCACUGGCUUUCAAUGUUCCUGUGGCUGAUAUCUCCCAAGAACGUGUUCCAUGGCGAGCGCAUCAGUCGCCCGCGCAAGGCGUACCUGUCUGCACUCAUCGCGUUUGUGUACGUCUUCGCCUAUGUCAACCUGCAAGAGCUCAAUCAUAGGCAGAAAAUGGUGACGUUCUACUGCGUGAUGUGCGUGGAGAACUGGUUGCUGGUGACGGCGUGGUGGUGGUCAGGCCGCGCCGCCGCGCCCGCGCCGCUCGCCGCCGCCGCCGCCGCCGCCUUCUGCGCGGGACUCGCCUUCAUGCUACUGUAUUACAGAUAUUUCCACGUGCGGCGCCUGGGCUACAUGUUGGGUGAGCACCAGCAGGGCACCAACAGCACCAACACGUCCUCUCAGAUCAAGGACGGCAAGCAGUCGGGACAGGGGGACAACCCCACUAUACCCGGCGUCUUCAACUGCCGCUUCACCAACCCAGUUAGUAACAGUGCAGCGACAGCUCGUAAGAAGAAGAAGCCAACAUCAUUCGUCCCGCCGCCCGGCGCCCCGGCCGCGCCCGCCGCCCCGCCCGCCGCCUUCUGGCGACGACCACUUCCAGCCGCUCAUAAUCAUCAUGGCGGGUCUUCAGAAAACGAAGGCUCCAGUGUCGGUUCCCGAGUCAACAUCCAGCAGAAACUUCAAGAGAAGAAACAAAAGCAGCUCGCAGAACUACGCGUCAUAGAAGAGGAGAUCAAACAGGGCAAGCUGGCGAAAACAACGCCCGUAGCUGCCGAGGAAAUAUACAGCAGUCUUCAGCGACAACCCAUACCGCGCGCCAAGACACACGCCGAGCCGCCCGCCUGGCCUAGCAUCGAGAUGACACACUCCUAUCAAAACUACCCCAUUUGCAACAUCUAUCCAACGUACACAGAAAUCAAACCAGAGUUCAACACAAACUUCCAGAACAACGAAAAUCCCCCCGCAGACAUCAACGAUCCACUCAAAAUGCGAAGACUGCCGAACAGAUACGACAACACACGAACCUUCUACGAAAACCCAGCGAACAUGAGGAAUGACGUCACACGAACGCCGAUCCGAUCACCUAACUACUUAGCUAUGAACGAAACAAGGAAUUACGAAGCGAAUGGCUGUACCAGUACUAGAAAUGUUCUAAAUAAUAGCCCAAGGAACUACAUGCCGGAUGUCAGUAAUAACUACGAAACUACCGGCCUUGACAAACCGAGAAUACCUCAAAAUUCUAUAUAUUCUGAAGACCACAGACCAAUGGGGGACUAUUCUGGAUAUUGCGAGGGUAACCAAUACCCGAAAUACGGGGAGAAUAAAGACGAAUACGUAACUGCGUUACAUACGGCGUUGAACGUUCAAAGUAUAGAUAAUAUUAGGAAUAACUACAAUGAAGUAGGGUGUGGGUACAACCAGAACUGUGAGAGGUUUCAGUACCCGGGACUGGCCGGGAAGAAGAUGGAGCAGAUGAGGAAGAUGCAGCGCUGCCGGACGCCGGAGAUCCUGCUGGCGCCGCACUACCUGGAGGGAUGUAACAGACAAGUUUGCUGCCACUGGGGGGCGCCUUACGCUAACAGGAAGAAAGAGGAGGGCGGCGGCGGUAGCAGUGGCGAGGAGUCCAGUCCUGACGGACCCGCUCGAGAAACACCGCGACCACCGAGCGAUAUUGAUAGCCAGAUAUCUCUGCCGCGGUCAUACACGCUUCCGCGCGAGUUCCGAUACUGGCGCCGGAGGCCGCGACUGCGAGAUGCUCACGUGCCUAGCAAUAACAGCAGUGAUGGCGAUGUAGACAGCGGGGACGACAACGACAGCGACCACCGCUCGAACUGCUCGGCGGCGUCGCAGCUGCAGAGCCCGACCUACGAGAGCUACUACCGCCACCCCGACAUGGUGCCGCGCGACGACGUGUACGCCUGCGCCGACCGCCGCCCGCGGAGGCUGCACGCCUUCCGCAAGCAACCCGCCAAACCAGAAACCAAGCUUUAGUAUGAUACUACUGAUCCAUUUUAUGUCUAUCGAUAUUUAUCUUAGUGUGCUCUUGCGGUUGGGGGGGUAGAGAGGCAACCCACGUCGUAGAAAGUCUUGUCUACCUCUUCCAUCCUACAACUCACAUACCUAGCUCAGUGACAAAAAAUUGAGCGGACAUUGAUUUUGUAGGGCCUUCAAUGUUGUACAAGGUUUAUUUUGUGCCAAUAUGGUAUAAUGGAAUGAAAAAUUCAAAUUGUUUGUGUAUGAAUUUUAUGAUGAUAUAAAUUGACUAUUUAUAAUGAUGAUAUUUAUAAUAUGGUUGAGAAGAAUCGUAAUGUCAAUAUGUUAAAUGAUCAGAUAAAUAUUACUGGGUUAUAUUGCUGUUCUCAAUGCAGACUUUUUGUCGUCACCAUGGUCAACUAUUAUAUUAUUUAGAUCAAAAAAGUUUAUUAUCAGCCUGGAGCAUGAUGCGUUUCAAAUUACAUAUACAACCCACUUUGCGUCUUGUUCACUAAGAACCUACUCAAUAAUUUGAAACUGGAUAUGAAUGAAACUUAUAGUACAUAGUUUACUAACAAAUUAAUAUUUUGUAUAUUACAAUUAGUCAAAUAUUGUACAUACUAACUUUGUAAUAAUAUCCGUCCGAAAUUGGAUCUCGAUGUUAGUUGAUUAGGAUAAAUUCUAUGUACCUACCUAAAUGUAAACAACGUAUGUUAAGUUUAAAUUAAAAUGUAACA